AUGGCACCUCCAAAGACAAUGCUCCCAGGGAUGAUGCUUCCAAGGAUGAUGAUUCCAUACUUUUCUGGAUGGGCGAGGCAUAUGCUGGGACAGAGUCAUGUGAGAGCCAUGUUGGACCAUGCACAGGUGACACGAGCUAUCCAAGCAGCUGUAGAAUUACGUGUUUACCAUGAUGUGAGAGGUAUAGUAGCUCUGCUCGCUUGUUGGUGCGUUCCUACUCAUACUUUCAUAUGUAUAUGGGGAGAAUUCACCAUUACUCUAGAGGAUGUGGUUGCUUUAAUGAAUCUUCCAGUCACGGGUAAUUUCCCAGCAACACUUUCGACAAACGAGAAGGCGAUAUCUGAGAUCUUGACAGCUAAGAUGCAUGGCAUUAACAAAUCAUCCAGCAAAACUUGUUAUGCCCAGUGGUUGAAGGAGUGGUGGACGAGAGAUAGAACUCCUGAGAUACCUGUGGAUGGUAUGUUAAGCAUUGCUGCUUUCUUGUGUAUGUGGUUAUCUAGAGAUGUGUUUGAAGAUAGUGGAAAUUUGCUGAAACCGUUUGUGAUCCCUUUUGCCAUCAAGAUGGCUCGGGGUGAGAAAAUUCCCGUUGGUAGUCUGUUUCUGGGUUCACUAUUCUCCAACUUAGAUUCCUUGGUUGUGUAUUCCAGCAUUUCCAAUGGUUUUAUGAAAAUUGAGACAUAUGCCAACACAAUGUUUCUCCAAGCUUUGUUGUGGGAGCGUUUUGAAAAAUACGCCCCGAUUCCACGUAGCAUCUUGCAAGGACCGAAUGCUGACAUCCGUUAUGUUCUUUCUGAGAGGGAUAAUGCUAGAAUUAUGCGUUGGUCUACCAAAAAGCCUCGGAAAAAUAUACGCCUCACCAGUGUCUUAGACGAAGAGUCUGAGUUUAACCUUCGUCCCUGGGUGUCGGUUCCUUCGUUCAUCUCACAGCUGAUCACUUUUAACAAUAAUGAAGCGAAUGUCAUUCUGGAGUAUGGUGUAAACCUGAGUGAUGUUCGGAGAUCGUUCAUACUGAGUUGUACCCAUGUUUACUUAGUAUCAGUAAUGCACGGGGAAUAUCUGGUGGAAGAAAAUAACAUUGACAGAGCUGCUCGGCAGAUGGGUCUUGAUCAGUGUGUCCCAGAUGUCCGAAAAGAAAUACCAUCAGUCGAUCAACUCAAAGCUUCUUUGGAUUGCACACAUCUUAAUGAGCGUGAAUAUAUGUACCCUUGCCCUACCCGGGCCGUCUAUCCAACUCCGGGCUAUGUAGACUUCUGGAGGCUGCAACUUGAUCGUUUGUUUGAUUUUAUAAUGGCUCCUCAAACUCCGGCAAAAGACCUCCUGCUGAUGAGAUAG